AUGACCUCCCACGAGCCCUGUACCGCAGCCUGCUGCACUACACGCAGCCUGCUGCCCUACACGCACACUCCUGCCUCCGUGUACACGCAGCCUGCUGCACUACACGCACAUUCCUGCCUCCUGUCUCCGUGUACCGCAGCCUGCUGCACUACACGCACACUCCUGCCUCCUGUCUCCGUGUACCGCAGCCUGCUGCACUACACGCACACUCCUGCCUCCUGUCUCCGUGUACCGCAGCCUGCUGCACUACACGCACACUCCUGCCUCCUGUCUCCGUGUACCGCAGCCUGCUGCACUACACGCACACUCCUGCCUCCUGUCUCCGUGUACCGCAGCCUGCUGCACUACACGCACACUCCUGCCUCCUGUCUCCGUGUACCGCAGCCUGCUGCACUACACGCACACUCCUGCCUCCUGUCUCCGUGUACCGCAGCCUGCUGCACUACACGCACACUCCUGCCUCCUGUCUCCGUGUACCGCAGCCUGCUGCACUACACGCACACUCCUGCCUCCUGUCUCCGUGUACCGCAGCCUGCUGCACUACACGCACACUCCUGCCUCCUGUCUCCGUGUACCGCAGCCUGCUGNAUUUUAAUUUAA